AUGCACUUCAAGCUCCAGGAAGACGCCGGUGGCGUCCAGGCCAUCGUUGAGGAGCCUGCCUUCAAGCCCAUCUCCUCCGCCCUUCCCUUUGGCCAGCCAGAUCGCGUACAAGCUCUCCGACAAGAUCUUUUCUUACUCCCCGAGACCUUUGACCUUGACAUUGCCGCCAAGGACUGGGCCGCCAAGCAGGAGAAGAACAUCCACGGCUAUUCCACCUCCGUCCUACCCCUCCAGACCAGGACCGGCGCCGGUGCCUUCGCUCUCGGCUACAUCUUCUCCCGCGACUUUGACCUGAGCAAGCGUCACAUCCCCCAGACUCUUCUGGCCACCUCCGGAAGCCUCCGCCACCUCCGCGGCGCCCUCGACCAGCUCUCUCUGCUUUAUGGCGUCUCGAGCCCUCUCGUCGCUCAUAUCGCGGCUGCCGACUACUCCUCCAACGCUGGCCUCGUCACCGAGUACGAUAGCGCCCUCAGGAUCGCCGAGGAUCUCGGCCUCGGUCUCGUCUCCAGCUUCUCUGCCUACGAGACCCAGCACAUCUCCAUCUUCGCCACUCUCUUGGCGACCCUCGUACCUACCCUCCACGUCUACGACGGUGUUCGCAUGACCCGCGAAACCCUCCGCGUCGUCGACGCCCUGAGCGAGUCUGGCAUUGCCGAUAUCUACUCCAAGAUUGCCAAGGAGGCCGCCUCUCUCAACAAGAGGCUCGACAUCUCGGGCAAGGUUGUCGAACUGCUCGCCAAGUUCAACGAUGAGCUCGGCACCGCCUAUGACCUCUUUGAGUACACCGGUCACAAGAAUGCCGAGCAAGUCCUCGUCGUCUUCGGCAGCACCGAGGCGCAGCUCGCUACUCAGGUUGUCAACAACCUUGCCUCUAGCGGUGCCAAGAUUGGCCUCGUCAAGGUCCGCGUCUACCGCCCCUUCGUCGAGGAAGAGUUCCUCAAGGUUCUCCCCGAGUCUGUCAAGAACAUUGUCGUCGUCGGCCAGUUUGCGGCCGAACCCAAGGUCGCCGAGUUCAAGUACUCGGCCGCCGCUCGCCUGACCCCCGCCUUCUUCACCGAGGUUAUCCGCAAGUACACCAAUAUUACUGUUGAGGAGGACGCCAUUCCCCAGGUCCAAGCCCAGCAGUACACCUUCUGGGACCUUGACAACUCUGCCGUCAUUAGCGCCCCCACCGUUCUCGCCAACCUCUUCUCCCGCGAGUCCACUGACAAUGUCUACCUGCACGAGACCUACGACAGCCUGAUUGGCCAGGCUGAUGUUGCUGUUGUUGGUGACGAGAAGCUCCUGAAGGAUCUUGCCAUCUCCAGCAGCGUCAAGCAGGAUGGUAACAUCAUCAUCAAGCUCCCCAACUUCAAGGAGGAGGACGUUGAAAAGCGGCUCUCGGUGCACUUGCGCAAGAAUCUCCACGACAGGAACGUCGAUGUUUAUGCCCUAGACACCGCCCUUGCUCCCGAGCUGGAAGGCGAUGCCAUUGGCAGCAGGCUUCUUCUGGAGCUUGCGUUCAUCAAGAUCGCUCGCCCCGAUAUCUCGCCUGACGAGAUUGGCAAGCUUAUCCUCGCUGAGGUUCCCGAGGAUGCCGUUGCCCCCACCCUCCAAGCUACCGUCAAGCCCUACAGCUUCGUCUCGUUCCAGAAGGAGGAGCCUGCCGAGCAGCCCGCCCUCGCGAGCUGGCAGGCGGCUGCCAAGGGUCUUGCUUUCAAGGAGGCCUACGGCACCAAGAUCUCCCUUCGACCUGACCUCCCGCCAAGACAUCCACCGUCACCGUCAAGGAGAACCGUCGCCUUACCCUCCAACUAUGACCGAAACAUCUUCCACAUCGAGUUUGACCUCGGCGAUUCAGGUGUCACCUACAAGAUCGGAGAGGCCCUUGGCAUUCACGCCGAGAACGACAAGGAGGAAGUCGAGGAGUUCAUCAACUUCUACGGCCUCAACGCCGACGAGCUCGUGCAGGUGCCCAGCCGAGAGGACCCCACCGUUCUCGAUACCCGCACCGUAUUCCAGGCUCUCAUCCAAAACGUCGAUAUCCUCGGCAAGGUCCCCAAGCGCUUCUACGAGGCUCUCGCCGAGUUCGCCACCGACGACAGCGAGAAGAACAAGCUCGCAGCCCUCGGCAGCCAGGCCGGCGCAGAGGAGUUCAAGAAGCGAUCCGAGACCGACACCGUCACGUACGUGGACAUCCUCAAGGAGUUCAAGUCGGCUCGUCCCAGCUUCCACGACCUCGUUCGCAUCGUCGCUCCUCUCCAGAGGCGCGAGUACUCUAUCGCUUCGGCUCAGGCCGUCACUCCCAACAGCGUGACGCUCAUGAUUGUCGUCGUCGAUUGGGUCGACCCCCAGGGCCGCAGGCGUCUGGGACAGGCCACGCGCUACCUCCACCGCCUCAGGCCCGGCUCCAAGGUGACCGUGUCAGUCAAGCCUUCCGUCAUGAAGCUCCCUACCGAGGACACCGCGCCCUUGAUCAUGGCAGGUCUCGGUACCGGUCUCGCCCCCUUCCGCGCCUUUGUUCAGUACCGCGCGAUGCAAAAGGCCCAGGGCAAGGAGAUUGGCGCCAUUCUCCUCUACCUUGGUUCUCGCCACCAGCGCGAGGAAUACCUGUACGGAGAGGAGUGGGAGGCUUACCUCGAUGCGGGCGUCAUCACCCUCCUUGGUGCCGCCUUCUCGCGUGACCAGCCCCAGAAGAUCUACAUCCAGGACCGCAUGCGUGAGACCAUGCGCGACAUUGUCAAGGCCUACAUCACGGAGAAGGGCUCCUUCUACCUGUGCGGUCCCACCUGGCCCGUUCCCGACGUCACCGAGGUGCUCGAGGAGGCCAUUCGCGCCGAGGCCAAGGCUAGCGGCCGUAAGGUCGACUCCAGGACCGAGAUCGAGAGGCUCAAGGAAGAUGGACGAUAUGUCCUCGAGGUGUACUAA